UACGGUUACCGCGCUGCACCCUGGGCCUGCCUAUUGAGCGGAGGCAGCCUGAGGCUGGGACUGAGAGCCAUCGCCGAGGCGGCCCACGUUGCGUCAGUUUUAGCUGCCCACCGCAGUGCCUGCCGGGAAAACAAAGAGCGCCGAGCUCAGAUCCUGUCUGCUCUCCAGCCCAGUAUUAUCCGGGACACCGCGCCCCGGAGCCGGUCUGCCGCCUGCUAUCUCGGCUAGCUGCACCCGCUAUCGGUUAGUGCCGGAGAUCAGGCGAGACAGAGUCCGGAGCCGCGUGCUCGCCAAGGCGGGGGAUCGCCAGACACAGCGGGGGGAUCAUGCCGAAAGGAGGUAGAAAAGGAGGCCAUAAAGGUCGUGUGAGGCAAUACACUAGUCCAGAGGAGAUUGAUGCCCAGAUUAAAGCAGAACAUGAAAGGGCACAGGAAGCAGAAUUGGAGGAAGGUGGCGGUGGUGCUGCUGGCGGCGACCCCACCAAGCCAAAAAAGGACCAGAGUUCAGACGAAAGUGAUGAUGAAGAUGAUGAAGAUUAUCAGCAAAAGCGCAAAGGAGUAGAAGGUCUGAUCGAUAUAGAAAAUCCUAACCGAGCAGCACAAACUGCCAAGAAGGUCACCCAGGUUGAUGUGGAAUUACCUAAAGAACUAUCUAGAAGAGAAAGGGAGGAGAUAGAAAAGCAAAAGGCGAAAGAACGUUACAUGAAGAUGCAUUUAGCUGGAAAAACAGACCAGGCAAAAGCUGACUUAGCCCGACUAGCAAUCAUCCGCAAACAGAGGGAGGAGGCAGCAAAGAAAAAAGAAGAAGAAAAAAAAUUAAAAGAUUCAACGGGAGCACCAGCCAAAGGAAUGCAGUCCCUGUCCCUUAAUAAAUAACGUGGCCAACAUGGAUUAGUGCUUCAGGACCCUGCAGUCAUUAAAGUACUUGACAAAUCACCUCCCUGCUCACCUACAUACCACCACUCCAUUGAGUUGAUACAGAGUUUCCAGGCCAGGAUAAAGCUGUCAGAGACUGAAUACACACUAUGCGCAUAUGAAUUGAAACACAGAGUGUUUACGGAGCUUGGGUUGUUAAAAGGAGGGAAUAAAGUUUAGAAUUCAAAUGAAA